AUGGAGAAUACUAAAUCCACGCCUGUUGUGGCUUCUGCUACGGGCCAAGUAUACAAAAUUCCAAAUCGUUUGGGACGGGGUGUUCCAGACGUUAAAGAUGUCUACACGAAGAAAUGUUCCUGCACCCGAGAUAAGACUAUAGUUUUUUGCCGAGCAUGUGGUUAUUAUUGUAAUGGACGUAUCCGUCUGAAAUGUGACGUUCAUCCUCAUAUAACAUUUCUUUUGGAUAUUGCUGAGUGUCCUAGAUGCCACUCUUCUCUAUAUUUGGAUGAGUAUUUUGGGUAA